UAUUCAUUUGUGACAAAAUUCAGAGGAAAAUUUUAAAAUAUGGAUAAAAAAGAUAUUGAAGCGUUGCUGAUUGCUGUGGCUGACCAUUAUGAUAAAACAAUGGUAAGGCUGAUGAGCUUAGCAGGAAUGUCCAUUGAAUCCUUCCGGAACUUUAGAAGUCGUCCAUCUCGGAGUGUUUGGACCUUGCCACGAUUUGGAACCUUUUGGGAGCAGGAUGUACCCAAUAAUUCGGAAGAGUUCUUCAAGGAACAUUUUCGCUUGGAAAAAAGAACUUUUGAUACCCUAGUGGAACGCCUCCCAAACCUCCGAAAGAAGGACACGCCAUUUCGUAUGGCAAUUCCUUUGGAAAAGAGAAUAGCGAUAGCCUUGUACACUCUUGGGUCCUCUGCUGAGUACCGUACGAUAGCGUGUUUGUUUGGUGUGUCCAAGCCGAUAGUGUGUCGAAUUCUUCAUGAGUUUACGCGGGAAGUUAUUGUUAAACUUGCUCCGGAGUAUCUUCCGCCUGUCUUUUUAACCCAGGAGGCCAUUUUAGAAAACGUAAAGGGUUUUGAGGACAUGGGUUUUCCACAAUGCUUUGGAGCAAUUGAUGGCUGCCACAUCGAAGUGCGACCUCAUGCUAAGGACGCUGUGGACUACCAUAAUUACAAGGGUUGGUAUUCAACCGUGCUUUUUGCUAUGGUCGACUAUCGCUAUAGAUUUUCCUACAUAAGCGUCGGCAGUCCGGGUCGGUGCCACGACUCAAAGAUAUUUGAGAAUUCAAAUCUUAAGCGGAUUAUCGAAGAGUCUGAGUUAAUGGAUGAACAUUCCAGAAUAAUUAAUGAUGUCGAAGUCCCUGUGCUUAUUUUGGGAGAUUCGGCAUUUCGUUUUUCGAAGAAUCUUAUGAAACCCUAUCCGUUUUCCGUAGAAGCCAACGAGGAACAGAAGGCUUUCAAUUACAACCUGUCAAAGACUAGAAGAGUAGUGGAGAAUGCUUUUGGCCACCUCAAGGCACGAUUUCGAAGGAUCGGAAAAGGACUAGACAACAGAGUUGAAAAAUCUUCCCAAAUUAUAUCCUGUUGCUGCAUCCUGCACAACUUCUGUAUCGCCCACAACAGCUUUGUGCCAGAGUCAUGGCAGCAAGACGCUGAAUUAGUCCAAAGACAGGAUACUCCGGAGCACGAGCUUUGGCUAGGAAAUACAAAUGAAAGAGCAGAAACGAUACGAAGAGCCCUUGCAAUGGAAUUCUUAAAUCGUAAUGCCUAAUUGCCUAAUUGCUUGAAUAAAUAAAAAAUUACUAAAAGAAA